UGUGGACAUAAUUGUAAUCAAUGUACAUCUCACAAGACCAUCACUGGAAACCAACUGAUAUACAAUCAGAGAGAAAACAAAAUCAAUUAUUUCAUAGUAUAUUCAAAUUCAAGCUUCAAACAAAUCGAAGAAACCUGAAGUAUACAAAUGUCAUCUUACACCUACUUCAUAAUCCUUUUCCUCUUCCCAUCACUCCUCACAGUUUGCGCUCAAAACCAUACUUAUGUUUACCAUGACUGUCCGAAUACGACAACUUACUCAAGCAACAGCACUUACUCCACCAAUCUCAGAACCCUUUUGUCUUCUCUCUCUUCUCCCAACGCUUCCUACUCCACCGGGUUUCAAAACGCCUCAUCGGGACAAGACCCCGACAGAGUCGCCGGACUUUUCCUCUGCCGUGGAGACGUCUCGCCGGAAGUUUGCCGCAGCUGCGUCGCCUUCUCCGUCAACGACUCAUUCACUCGUUGUCCGAAUGAGAGAGAAGCCGUGCUUUAUUACGACGAGUGCAUGCUCAGAUACUCUCACCGGCGUAUUCUCUCGACCCUUACAAGAUCUGGUGAAGCUGACUUUAGGAAAGAACAGAGGAUUCCAUCUAACCAGUUAGAACGAUUCAGUAAUGUGCUCCUGUCCACCCUGAACCAAGCCGUCACGGAUGCGGUGAAAAGUUCUAGAAAGUUCGAUGCGCGGAAAGCUAACGUCACAGCAUCUCUAACUGUUUACGGACUGGUUCAGUGCACUCCCGACAUGACCAGACAAGAUUGUACGACUUGUCUGCAAAUAUCCAUCAAUCAGUUACCUAUAGACAGGGUUGGAGGAAGUUUCAUUUUGCCCAAUUGUAAUUCGAGAUUCGAGACGUACCCGUUUUACAACGAAACCGCCGUUAAAACCCCGCAACCACCACCGCCACCACCUCCGGUUUCAGCUCCUGUGCGACCUGGGAAAGGUGGGAACUCAAACGUGUUAGUGGUACCCAUUGUUGUGUCAACCAUAGUGGUUGUUCUGCUUUUGAUAGCUGGUUAUUGUUUCUUUACAAAGAGGAAGAAGGAGGCUUAUGAUACAGCACCUGCAUCUGAUGGAGAUGAAAUAUCAAGCGCAGACUCGCUGCAACUGGACUAUAAAAUGAUUCAAGCUGCGACAAAUGGUUUUUCAGAGAGUAACAAUAUUGGUCGAGGUGGUUUUGGCGAGGUUUACAAGGGUACAUUUCCGAAUGGGACUGAAGUAGCGGUAAAGAGAUUGUCGAAAACUUCAGGACAAGGUGAAACAAAUUUUAAGAACGAGGUUGCAGUUGUUGCAAAGCUUCAGCACAGAAAUUUAGUUAGGCUUCUUGGGUUUUGUCUAGAAGGAAAAGAGAGGAUACUGGUCUACGAGUAUGUGCCUAACAAAAGCCUUGAUUACUUCCUCUUUGACCCUGCUAAGGAAAGUCAGCUGGACUGGAAUCACCGGUACAAGAUCAUUGGUGGAAUUGCUAGAGGGAUUCUAUAUCUUCAUCAAGAUUCAAGACUCACAAUUAUACACCGUGACCUUAAAGCGAGUAAUAUUCUUCUUGAUACUGAUAUGAAUCCGAAAGUUGCGGAUUUUGGAAUGGCUAGGAUAUUUGGAAUGGACCAAACCGAGGAGAACACAAGGAGGAUAGUUGGGACUUAUGGUUACAUGUCUCCUGAGUAUGCGAUGCGUGGCCAGUACUCAAUGAAAUCUGAUGUAUAUAGCUUCGGAGUGUUAGUUCUUGAGAUUAUAAGCAGCAAGAAAAAUAGCAGCUUCAUUGAGACAGAGGGAGCACGAGACUUGGUUACAUACGCCUGGAGGCUCUGGAGGAACGAGACACCGUUAGAACUUGUGGCUCCGGUUAUCGUACGUAAUUGCCAGGUGAAUAAAGUGGUUCGAUGCAUCCAUAUCGGUCUUUUAUGUGUUCAAGAAGAUCCUGCCAACCGUCCAACCUUAUCGACCAUUGUUAUGAUGCUCAGUAGUAACACUGUGACUUUACCCGUGCCUAAGCAACCAAAGUUUUUCACUCAGAGUAGACCCAAAAAAGACCUGCUUGAUUCAGAACCAGCUACUAAAAGCAACUCUGUCUCUUGGUCGAUUGACGACGCAUCAAUCACUGAAUUAUAUCCUCGUUGAAAAUGAAGUGCCUAUAGCAACAUGUGGUAUUGGAAGUUACUUUAAAACUUGUUUCUCUUUAAUAAUGUUUUGUAUGUAGUUGUAAGGAGAAGUAUACAUAAAAUGUAAGCUAUUUACAUGUUUUUUU